CUCUAGAGUCCCGCGGCCCGGGGUGUCGGCUUUCCGCCGCGGGCAGCCGCCGCCGCGCUCCUAGCCCCCUCCUCCCCGGCCCCUCCCUCGAUCGCUGCGGUCGGGUAGAGCCUGGCGGGCGGCCUGCGGGCGGGCCGUCCUCCUCUGAACCGUAGCCCACCCCCUCUUAAAGCCGCGGCGGGAAGAUGAGGUUUCGUGAGCCGCUCCUAGGCGGCAGCGCGGCGAUGCCGGGCGCGACCCUGCAGCGGGCCUGCCGCCUGCUCGUGGCCGUCUGCGCGCUGCACCUCGGCCUCACCCUGCUCUAUUAUCUCUCGGGCCGCGACCUGAGCCGUCUGCCCCAGCUGGUGGGAGUCUCCUCCACGCUGCAAGGCGGCGCGAACGGCGCCGCCACCGCCAGCAGGCAGCCCUCGGGAGAGCUCCGGCCCCGGGGCGCGCGGCCGCCGCCGCCUCCUUUAGGCGUCUCCCUGAUGCCUCACCCGGGUCCCGACUCCAGCUCUCCUGGUGCGGCUUCUGGCCCCGGCCUGAAGAGCAACUUGACUUCGGCUCCAGUGCCCACCACCACAGCACUGCUGUCGCUGCCCGCUUGUCCUGAGGAGUCCCCGCUGCUCGUUGGCCCCAUGGUGAUUGACUUUAAUAUUCCGGUGGAUCUGGAGCUUUUGGCAAAGAAGAACCCUGAGGUAAAGAUGGGCGGCCGUUACUCCCCCAAGGACUGUAUCUCUCCUCACAAGGUGGCCAUCAUCAUCCCGUUCCGCAACCGGCAGGAGCACCUCAAAUAUUGGCUGUAUUAUUUGCAUCCGAUCCUACAGCGCCAGCAACUCGACUAUGGCAUCUACGUCAUCAAUCAGGCUGGAGACACCAUAUUCAAUCGAGCUAAGCUCCUCAACGUUGGCUUUCAAGAGGCCUUAAAGGACUAUGACUACAACUGCUUUGUGUUUAGUGAUGUCGACCUCAUCCCAAUGGACGACCAUAACGCCUACAGGUGCUUUUCACAACCACGGCACAUUUCUGUUGCAAUGGACAAAUUCGGGUUUAGCCUGCCUUAUGUUCAGUAUUUUGGAGGUGUCUCUGCUCUCAGUAAACAGCAGUUCCUGGCCAUCAAUGGAUUUCCUAAUAAUUACUGGGGCUGGGGAGGGGAAGAUGACGACAUUUUUAACAGAUUAGUUCACAAAGGCAUGUCUAUAUCACGCCCAAGCGCUAUGGUGGGGAGGUGUCGCAUGAUCCGACACUCAAGAGACAAGAAAAAUGAACCCAAUCCUCAGAGGUUUGACCGGAUUGCACACACAAAGGAAACUAUGCGUUUUGAUGGUUUGAACUCACUUACCUACCAGGUGUUGGACAUACAAAGAUACCCAUUAUAUACCAAAAUCACAGUGGACAUCGGGACACCGAGAUAGCAUUUUGGUACAAAUAAGAGACCUGAAAAUGGCCAGGGACCUCAGAUGUGUGUCUCUGCCAGUCGACUGGGCUGGUCCCUCUCAUUUGUACAAUCUGAGUGAUAGUUUUCCUUGCUUAUCAUUCAGACAUCUUUCCAGAUGCCCGAGGUGAAUGUAAUGUUUACAGCCUGGCUCGGCACUGGAUGAAAUUCUACAAGGCGUUUGUCAGUGUAAAACGGUCAGCCUUUGGAGGCUUCUUGGACAUGUCCAUAGUCUCGCCCCCAAAGAGUCAGAACUGUACACAGGUCAAAACCUAGUGACCACGGGUCACAUUCGCACCGCUGAAACAGCUAAGUUGUGAAAUGGGUAAGAACUUUGCUUUAACCAGCGAUGUUCAGA